UUUUGGAUACUAGUAACAUGGAUUGAAAUAAUUAUGUCGAACAAGAUGAAAACCAAUUCAGCCGCCCAAGUAUCAGUUAUAGCAUUAUUAAUCACAUGUAUCGGGUGUUACUACUUGUACAGCAAAGUUCUGUCUUCAGAGGUUUUAUAUUAUGGAGGGAAAAUGUCCUGUACAGAAGAAGUAGAACAAAAUAAACAUUUACCAAUAAUUUAUGUAAUUACUCCGACAUACAAACGAUUGACUCAGAUUCCUGAACUGACAAGACUCGGUAACACUUUGAGAAACGUACCAGCAGUGCAUUGGAUCGUAGUGGAAGAAGGAGAAGGAACAUUAGAGGAAGUCAGAUACUUGUUAAAUAAGAUAGACAUAAAGUUUACAUACCUAUCUGCAACACGGUAUAAAAACGCACCAAAAACUCUCAAAGGCAUUCAUCAAAGGAAUAAGGCAAUAUUUUGGUUGCGGACCAAUAUCGAUAUGUCUAAAGAUGGCGUGGUUUACUUCGCUGAUGAUGAUAAUACAUAUGAUUUGGAACUCUUCACAGAAAUGAGACACACAAAGAAGAUUUCAGUAUGGCCCGUAGGAUUUGUUUCUAAAAAAAAAUACCAGACACCAAUCCUCGAAAAUGGGAAGGUGGUAAAAUUUGAUGCAUGGAAUACAAAAAAUCGAAAGUUUCCGAUAGAUAUGGCUGGAUUCGCAUUAAAUACCAAGACGUUUUAUUUCAAUGAUGAUUUGUACUUUCGGACAACAUUUCAAAAAGGUUACCAAGAGUCAUCAUUUCUAGAAAUUUGUUGCACAUUAGACGACUUGGAGCCAAAGGCCAAUGAAUGCACGAAGGUACUUGUAUGGCACACAAAAACGAAGGACCCACUAGUUUAUCGUGCAAGUUACAAUGCUACAAAGUCAGACACUGAUAGCAAAGGGACUUUAAGGGAAUAGGAAGGGUUGGAAAUCAGUAUUGUCAGUGUUUUGAUUUGUGUUAACAUGUUACAUUUAAAAUAAAGAAUUUAAUGCGUA